AUGGACGCCUCGGCGGGCUCGUCGCCACCGCACUCCCAAGAGAACCCGCCGGAGCACGGUGGCGACAUAGGGGAGGCCCCGGCAGAGGAGAUCGGAGGGGAGGCGGCGGAUGACUUCAUGUUCGCUGAAGACACGUUGCCCUCCCUCCCGGACUUCCCUUGCCUCUCGUCGCCGUCCAGCUCCACCUUCUCGUCGUCCUCCUCGUCCAACUCCUCCAGCGCCUACACCAACACGACAGGAGGAGCUGGCGGCGGCGCCGAUGGCGCCGCCGGCGAGCCUUCCGAGCCUGCUUCGGCCGGGGAAGGGUUUGAUGCGCUCGAUGACAUCGACCAGCUCCUCGACUUCGCGUCGCUCUCCAUGCCGUGGGACUCCGAGCCGUUCCCGGAGGUUAGCAUGAUGCUAGAGGACGAUAUGUCCGCGCUGCCGCAUCCGGUGGGCGACGGCAGACCUGAAGAGAAAGCCGUUCUGGAAGGGACCACAGGCGGAGAGGAGGCCUGCAUGGAUGCGUCGGCGGCGACGGCGGGGGAGGAGCUGCCGCGGUUCUUCAUGGAGUGGCUCACGAGCAACCGUGAAAACAUCUCGGCCGAGGAUCUCCGCGGGAUCCGCCUCCGCCGCUCCACCAUCGAGGCCGCCGCAGCCCGGCUCGGCGGCGGGCGCCAGGGCACCAUGCAGCUGCUCAAGCUCAUCCUCACCUGGGUGCAGAACCACCACCUCCAGAGGAAGCGCCCUCGCGACGUGAUGGAGGAGGCGGCGGGCCUGCACGGCCACCUCCCCAGCCCGGGCGCCAACGCAGGAUACGAGUUCCCCGCGGGCGGACAGGACAUGGCCGCAGCCGGCGGCACAUCCUGGAUGCCCUACCAGCAGCAGCCAUUCACGCCUCCUGCGUACGGCGGCGACGCGGUGUACCCGAGCGCGGCAGGCCAACAAUACCCUUUCCACCAGAGCUCCAGCACGAGCAGCGUGGUCGUGAACAGCCAGCCGUUCUCCCCGCCGACGGUGGGCGACAUGCACGGCGCCGGCGGCUCAAACAUGGCCUGGCCGCAGCAGUACGUGCCGUUCCCACCACCUGGGGCUUCCACGGGCUCUUACCCUAUGACGCAGCCGUUCUCCCCCGGAUUCGGCGGACAGUACACCGCCGCCGGCGCCGCCGGCCACCCCACCAUGGCCCCCCAGCGCAUGGCAGGCGUGGAGGCCUCGGCGACCAAGGAGGCCCGUAAGAAGCGCAUGGCGAGACAGCGGCGCCUGUCCUGCCUGCAGCAGCAGCGCAGCCAGCAGCUGAACCUGGGCCAGAUCCAGGACUCCGUCCACCCGCAGGAGCCGUCCCCUCGGUCGGCCCACUCCACGCCGGUCACGCCCUCAGCCGGUGGCUGGGGAUUCUGCAGGUCGCCGAGCAGCCAGCAGCAGGUCCAGAACCCGCUCUCCAUCAAGUCCAAUUACUCAAGGGCGCCGGUGCAGCAGGUGCCUCCCUCCCUGGAAGCGGUGGCCGCGCCACUGGCGGCGUCUGGUGCUCGGCAGGACGACAGUCCCCAGCGCCUGGCAGCAGCUUCAGAUAAGCGGCAGGGUGCCAAGGCGGACAAGAACCUGCGGUUCCUGCUGCAGAAGGUGCUCAAGCAGAGCGACGUCGGGAGCCUCGGCCGCAUCGUGCUCCCCAAAAAGGAAGCGGAGGUUCACCUGCCAGAGCUCAAGUCGAGGGAUGGCAUCUCCAUCCCCAUGGAGGACAUUGGAACAUCGCGCGUAUGGAACAUGCGGUACAGGUUUUGGCCCAACAACAAGAGCAGAAUGUAUCUGUUAGAGAACACAGGAGAAUUUGUUCGUUCCAAUGAGCUUCAGGAGGGGGAUUUCAUAGUGAUCUACUCCGAUGUCAAGUCGGGCAAAUAUCUGAUACGGGGCGUGAAGGUAAGGCUGCCGGCGCAAGAGCAAGGCAGCAGUGGUUCCAGCGCGGCGGGCAAGCACAAGCUGAUGUGUCCAGUAGGUCCAGAGAAAGCCAGUGUUCCUGAAGAUGCUGGCGUCGAUGGGGUCAGUGGCUCCAGUAGGUCCAGGCGCAUGCAAGGAGAGAUCUCCGUGCGGCGGGCUCGGCAGCAGGGAACCGCCGCCAUGAGCCAGAUGGCCGUGAGGGAGCAUCUGAAAGAACAGCAGCCUUCUCUCUCGCUCACUCCCGCCAUUGAUCCAUCUCAAAGUUAUUAG